UCGGCGUCCGCCAUUUUGGCUGCCUCUGUCGGUCUUUUCAGUUACCACGUGAACCGCCGACGGAGACCCGUGAGGGGGGAGGUGGCGGCAGCGCUAAGUGAGAAAGGGGAAAGAGGGGGGAAAAAAAAGGAAGAGAAAGGGGUGUCAGGACAGGGCGGCGCGGCGACACCCGAGGCCUAGUGGCGGCGGAGCGGAGGAUUCAAGGCUGAAGCGAGCUUGGGAACGGCAGCGGCGGCGGGCGGACAAACGGACUGACCGAGCCGGGCGGUGGCGGGAGCCGCGGGAGGAGCCGGAACCAUGCCGGCCGUGAGCCUCCCGCCCAAGGAGAACGCGCUCUUCAAGCGGAUCUUGAGAUGUUAUGAACAUAAACAGUAUAGAAAUGGAUUGAAGUUCUGUAAACAAAUUCUUUCUAAUCCCAAAUUUGCAGAACAUGGAGAAACCCUGGCCAUGAAAGGAUUAACGUUGAACUGUCUGGGAAAAAAGGAAGAAGCUUAUGAAUUGGUUCGCAGAGGUUUGAGAAAUGACUUGAAAAGUCAUGUGUGUUGGCAUGUUUAUGGCCUUCUUCAAAGGUCAGACAAAAAAUAUGAUGAAGCCAUUAAGUGCUACCGAAAUGCACUGAAAUGGGAUAAGGACAAUCUUCAGAUCUUAAGAGACCUUUCCUUACUACAGAUUCAAAUGCGAGAUCUUGAGGGUUAUAGGGAAACAAGAUACCAGUUGCUUCAGCUUCGACCUGCACAGAGAGCAUCAUGGAUUGGUUAUGCUAUUGCUUAUCAUUUAUUAGAAGACUAUGAAAUGGCAGCAAAAAUUUUAGAAGAAUUUAGGAAAACACAGCAGACAUCUCCUGAUAAAGUGGAUUAUGAAUAUAGUGAACUCCUUUUAUAUCAAAAUCAAGUUCUUCGGGAAGCAGGUCUCUAUAGAGAAGCCUUGGAACAUCUUUGUACCUAUGAAAAGCAGAUUUGUGAUAAACUUGCUGUAGAAGAAACCAAAGGGGAACUUCUGUUGCAGUUGUGUCGUUUGGAAGAUGCUGCUGAUGUUUAUAGAGGGUUACAAGAGAGGAAUCCUGAAAAUUGGGCCUAUUACAAAGGCUUAGAAAAAGCACUGAAGCCAGCUAAUAUGUUUGAACGGCUAAAAAUUUAUGAGGAGGCCUGGACUAAAUACCCCAGGGGGCUGGUGCCAAGAAGGCUACCAUUAAACUUUUUAUCUGGAGAGAAGUUUAAGGAGUGUUUGGAUAGAUUCCUAAGGAUGAAUUUCAGUAAGGGUUGUCCACCUGUCUUCAAUACUCUGAGAUCUUUAUACAGAGAUAAAGAGAAGGUGGCAAUUGUAGAAGAACUAGUAGUUGGUUAUGAAACCUCUCUAAAAAGCUGUCGCUUAUUUAACCCCAAUGAUGAUGGAAAGGAGGAGCCCCCAACCACGUUACUUUGGGUCCAGUACUAUUUGGCGCAGCAUUAUGAUAAAAUUGGUCAGCCAUCUAUUGCUCUGGAAUACAUAAAUACUGCUAUUGAAAGUACGCCAACAUUGAUAGAACUCUUUCUUGUAAAAGCUAAAAUCUAUAAGCAUGCUGGGAAUAUUAAAGAAGCUGCCAGGUGGAUGGAUGAAGCCCAGGCCCUGGACACAGCAGACAGAUUUAUUAAUUCCAAGUGUGCAAAAUACAUGUUAAAAGCCAAUCUGAUUAAAGAAGCUGAAGAAAUGUGCUCCAAGUUUACAAGGGAAGGAACAUCAGCAGUAGAGAACCUGAAUGAAAUGCAGUGCAUGUGGUUCCAGACAGAGUGUGCCCAGGCAUACAAAGCAAUGAACAAGUUUGGUGAAGCACUUAAGAAAUGUCAUGAAAUUGAGAGACAUUUUAUAGAAAUCACCGAUGACCAGUUUGAUUUUCAUACAUACUGUAUGAGGAAGAUUACCCUUAGAUCAUAUGUGGACUUAUUAAAACUAGAAGAUGUACUUCGGCAGCAUCCAUUUUACUUCAAAGCAGCAAGAAUUGCUAUUGAGAUCUAUUUGAAGCUUCAUGACAACCCUCUUACAGAUGAGAAUAAAGAGCACGAGGCUGAUACAGCAAACAUGUCUGACAAAGAGUUAAAGAAACUACGUAAUAAACAAAGAAGAGCCCAAAAGAAAGCUCAGAUAGAAGAAGAGAAAAAAAAUGCAGAGAAAGAAAAGCAGCAGAGAAAUCAGAAAAAGAAAAAGGAUGAUGACGAUGAGGAAAUUGGAGGCCCCAAAGAAGAACUUAUCCCAGAGAAACUGGCCAAGGUUGAAACUCCAUUGGAAGAAGCUAUUAAAUUCUUAACACCGCUCAAGAAUUUGGUGAAGAACAAGAUAGAAACUCAUCUUUUUGCCUUUGAGAUUUACUUUAGGAAAGAAAAGUUUCUUUUGAUGCUACAAUCAGUAAAACGGGCAUUUGCUAUUGAUUCUAGUCAUCCCUGGCUUCAUGAAUGCAUGAUCCGACUCUUUAAUUCUGUGUGUGAAAGUAAAGACUUACCUGAAACAGUUAGAACAGUAUUAAAGCAAGAAAUGAAUCGUCUUUUUGGAGCAACAAAUCCAAAGAAUUUUAAUGAAACUUUUCUGAAAAGGAAUUCUGAUUCAUUGCCACAUAGAUUAUCAGCUGCCAAAAUGGUAUAUUAUUUAGAUUCUUCUAGUCAGAAACGAGCAAUAGAGCUGGCAACAACACUUGACGGAUCCCUCACCAACAGAAACCUUCAGACUUGCAUGGAGGUGUUGGAAGCCUUGUGUGAUGGUAGCCUAGGAGACUGUAAAGAAGCUGCUGAAGCUUAUAGAGCAAAUUGUCAUAAGCUUUUCCCUUAUGCUUUGGCUUUCAUGCCCCCUGGAUAUGAAGAGGAUAUGAAGAUCACAGUUAAUGGAGAUAGCUCUGCAGAAACUGAAGAACUGGCCAAUGAAAUUUGAACAUCAUUAAACAAGCAAAUGGAAUGACUUUGGACCAUAUCUAGUGUAUAAUAUUUUUGUCACGCACCUGCUGCAUUGCUCUAACUUACACAAAAUGAGAGGAGUAAAUGUUCUUGCCUUCAAAUAGUCUUUUACGUUUUUUAUCCUGCUGAAAACUAUAUAUAAAAUGUCUAACAUUACAGGAUAUAGGUUCAGUUUCUUAAAAAUUAAAAGCUGCUAAAAUUGAGGGGUUUAAAAAAAUUCCAUAUCCUACUCCUACCUUCCCUGCCCAUAUUUUUAAACUAAUUUAUAUAAAAUCUGGAGGCUAUUACAGCUAACAUAGCAGGUGUGUGGCAGAAAUAUUACUUUCAAUUUGUCUUGUGAGAUUUUACUAUAUCUCAGACAGCAUAAAUGCUGUUUUAGCACUGGAUUCUUUCACUGAGCACAAAGAGUUGUUGGGGCUUUAGCAUCUGACUGAUUUUGUUACGGGGUUGAUUCUUGACCAUAGGAAGUAUGCAAUGUGAAUCACUUUGUACAGAGCCAUCUACAACAGACGCUUGGUUGUAGAGACUGGGACACAUAGCUACCAAGCAGAUUAUAUGAAACCUAGAAGGUGUUCAGUACGUGUGUUGUUUCCAAAAUUUGCUGUACAUGAUCAGUUUGGUGUUCUUGUACCACAGUUUUUAACCGAAGGAACCAGUUGGAACAAUCUCAAUUUUAACUAAAACUUGAAGAACUAAAAUAACAAUGCAGACCUUUAGCAUUGUUUUUGGCCAAACUUGUUAAAACUGUAAUGCAAGAACCAAAUGCACUGUGAUGUGGCACCAACUAAUUAGCAAGCAUGAAUUUUUCACCCGAGAGUGGAAAUAAAAAAGAAAAUCUACCAUGGCUUGAAGUUAAAGAGCAGAACUCCUGACUACCAUUCUAUGACUGAUCAAGAGACUAAUAGCUAAAAACCUCAGCAGGCCUUGUUCACGAUAUGCAGAAAAAAGUGCUGCAGUUUAGAUACCUCUGGAACUUUUCCACAGUGUCACAGGUUUGUAAUACUUGAAGCCCUUCAUUUCUAAGAAUAUAUUUCUUGCUCAGUUGUUUCAGGCAAGCCCAAGACUUUGUAAUUUUUAAAGGGCCCAAGUUUUUUUUUUUCAAUAACAGACCAGCUUCUUUUUCCUGCAGUUACAAAUGUAAUUUCUUUUUUGUUGUCAAACAUAAGGUACCAAAUAUGAUGCAAUAAAUUGUUUUGAAAAACA